CUCCCCCUUUUCUUGCCUCUUUCUCCUCUGCAACCCAAAACCCUUUCCCACUCGUCCUCCACCACCCUCUCUCUCCUCUCUCUCUCUUUCCCCCCUUUCUCUCCUCUCUCUCUUUGCAUCCUAGAAGACCCAGACCCCGGAGGAACAAAACCCACCUUCCCAUUUCAGCAAUUGUUGCCGCAAUUCGAAAGCCCCAAAACGAAGAACCCAAUAUUGCUCGACUACUUUGCCUCCCUCACUCCACCACCCUCGAUCUAGAGAUUGCAACGACGCUGUUCCACGACAUCAUCUUCCUCGACUACUCCGCCUCCCUCACUCUGCCACCCUCGAUCAGCACCUGGACGCCCAAAACGACGACGUCGACCUGAACUUGGACUAGGAACUGGUCUAAUUUGCGACGAAGUCCGAGUUUGUGGGGUAGUUCGGGGAGGGGGGACACAGGUCACUGGGCAAGAGUUUGGGGGGACAGGUCAAUGGGCAAGAGUUUGGCGGAUGAAAAAACUCAGGUGGGUUUGGGCGGUUCUGGGCACGGUGAAAGAGAGAAGUGGGGAGGAAGGAGACUGUGAUGGAGAGGCGAGGGAGAUGGGAGAGAAAGGGUGGUGGAGGAACCAGACCCUGUCAUCAUUUUCGUCCCCUUUUCCCUUUACCUGCAACCCAGAAACAAAAAUAAAAAAACAAAAAACAAAAUGAACAAAAAAAUUCAUACCCAGUUUCGGCCCAAGAAGAAGAAGACGAAGAAGAAGAAGGAGAGAGAAGAAGAACGAAAAAAAAAAAAGUGACAAAUCCAGUUUCGGUGCAGGAGAAGAAGAAGAAGAUGAAGAAGAAGGAGGAGAGAGAAAAACAAAAAAAUUGAAAUUGCUGCGGGUGAAGGAAAAGGGAUGCCGCACCCCUUGGAAUUUUUUUUUGUUUUUUAUUCUUAAUUUUUUAAUAUUUAAUUAUUAAAAAUAUAUUUAAUUAUUUUUUAAUCCAACUGAAUUAGUGAGGGGUUCCGUUUCUUGCCACGUCAACACUUAACAGAAAAACUAACAGAAAAAUUGACGGAGAUAUGACAUUGUCACAAAUUCGUAAGAUGCGUUAUGAUAUUAUCAAUUUUAAAAGAUGAUGUAUGAAACUAUCGUGAUUCCAAUAAUUAAGAUAAUUUUUGUACUUUACCUUAGUUUUUAUAUUUAAUGAAAAUUUCUAGUUUGACUAAAAAAAGAAAAAGUUAUGCGUGUCACAUGUGAAAAGAGUUUAAGACAGAAGAGCAGCAAUGCAAAAUGAGCUGACGAGAAGUACAAAAAGCAAUAAAUUGCUCCAGGGUCUCGUCUCCUCAUGACAUGACCUAUACCAUAGCGAACCAGAAAAAGUUAUUUGGUGAACUCUUCUUUUGUUUUGUUCUUUUAUUUUUUAUUACCGAAGUUCUUGUGAACUCUUUCUAAGAACCGGGCGCAGCAGCUAGAGCAGGUACACUCUUGAAUCUUUGACGACCAGUUGGUUGAAAUGGCUAGAAAGCCAAAGAAACCAUCUUUUAUCAAGAUCCUCGCCGGUGACACCUCUCAGAGUCUGCGUGUACCGCCUGCGUUUAUUACGAAGAACUUCAAUGGACGAUCACUUUGCAAAUGUGAUCUUAAAGGCCCGACUGGAAUUCGAAGGACUGUGGAAUUGGAAGAGAGGGAGAAUGGCUUGUUCUUUCAUGAUGGUUGGCAGGGUUUUGUGAAGGACCAUCUUUUAAAAGCUGGGGAUUUUUUGGUUUUUAGUUAUGACGGCGUAUCGAAGUUUAAUGUCAAAAUCUAUGAUAGAAGUGCAUGCGAGAAAGAUGUCGAAUUAGCCAAGAUGAAUGAAGGAAAUCAAGCUAGAAGAAAAGUUGAAGUUGUCGACAUUGACACUGAAAACGUAAAAGCUGAAGUUGUUGACAUUGACACUGUAAACUGCAACCAAGAUCGUGAAAAGCAAAUGAUAUUUUCUAGCCGGAGUUGCGAUCAUCUCAAAUCUCGAAAGAGACCAGUAAGUAAUUAUGUUGAAGAUACAUCAACAGCAUCCAUCCUGUUGGAAACAGAGAAUCCAUGUUUUCUGCACUUCUUAAACCAUCGGAAUCGUCUAUAUAAUGUGAGGAUUCCAAAGCAACUAGCCUUCGAUGAAGGCCUUAUGGACAAGGAUUCCGUAACACUUCAAGAUCCAGAUGGAAGAUCAUGGUUUGUUCGACUCAGAACCCUUUACGCUGGUCGUUCCGAUUAUUUGAAUCUGUCAACAGGUUGGAGAGAAUGCGGUAAAGCGAACCAAAUUUCACUUGGGGACACCAUAGUUUUUGAGUUUGUGAAGCAAAGUGUGAUCCAAGUUCAUAUUUUCAGAAAAGGGGAAGUGAGAGGUAAUGUGUGUCGUCUGGUACUUGUUGCCCCUUAUGGUAAAAAGAAAAGAUAAUUGACCCAAAAUUCAACUUCAGAAAUUACCAUGGUUUUUUUUUUUAGAAGAAAUGUCGUGACUGCAAUGUAAGCUUAGGUAUUUUGCACCAUUUUUGGUUAAAUGGAUGCUGUUGCUUAAAUUAGUUCCCCAGUUACACUUCUG